AGUAUCAGUUGGACUUGUAAACUGAAUAAGAACGGUUUGAUUAAGUUUAAAAGAAAACUAACAAGAAACAACAGAAACCACAAUACAACCAGAAGAAAUCCCCGUAUUUUUUCACUUAUUUUUCGUUAUUGUUGUUGUUGUUCUACUUCAUGUGGUGUAUAUAAAUUGCGAAAAAUAAAACAAAAUAAGUAAAAAAAAAAGUGGAAAAAUAUUCUCAAGAAAAAUAAGUUCUUAAACGAAACGCAAGCAUAAGAAAAUUUUCGAAAGAAUAAAAAACUGCAAAUUUAAGCUAAAGAAGUUUCGUUUACACAAAAUUGCGUGCAAAAAUGUUUGUGUAUUUUAAAAUUGUGUGAUUUAGCCUUAAAAAUCAAAUGAAAUUGUUUUAGUAUUUGUUUUUGUAGCCUCAAAAGUUAAAUCCCUUAAAUAACUUAAUGUAGUUAAAGUUGUUUUAUACCAAAAAAAAAAAAAAAAAAACGCAAUCCAGUAAAAACAAUUUAAAGAAAAACCAAACCAGUAGUUAGCAAGUUAAAACCUUUAAAUUAAUCAAAAUAAACCAAUUAACCAAACAACCAAGCAAAAAAAGCAAAAUAAUCCAUCCAUUUUAUUAAAGUAUCUAAUUGCUAUAUUUCCUGUGUAAUUUACCUCGAUUUUUAACUAGAGCUGCUGGUGUUGCUGCUGCUAAUUGUAUUCUUAUUUUGCACUCUUGAUUUAUUGUUUGUGUAUUCUAAAUGCCACAUAAAAUUGUUUGUAAAAUAACAAAAAGAAACACCUAAACCAAACAGAAAAAAAUAAAAAAAAACAAAUUUUUGUAUUUUGUUCUAACAAAACGAAAGUGUUGUAUGGUUGCUAAUUAGUUGUAAACCCUUACUCACUAUACUGCCAUCAUCUAACUAUCUAUCUAUCACAUAUACAUACACAUAGAUAUAAAGUAUAAAGUAUUUGUAUAAGUAAAAAAAACAGAACUCAUCGACGUCAUCGUAAUCGUCAUAGCCAUCGCUAUCGCACAUCAUCAUCAUCAACGACUUGAACAUCAUCAUUGUACGGAUACGCCAGAGGCAAUAGACCAUAAAGCAAUAUGCCUGACACCAUCUCUGUUAUAGAUCAUAAAAGAAUCAAUGAAGAUAUGAAUAACAAGGCUUCAACUUGUGGCAAACUUCUUAUAUGCCUCUCAGUGGUCCUGGUCAUUUUGACGUUACCCUUCAGUUUGUUUGUUUGCUUUAAGGUGGUCCAGGAAUAUGAACGAGCAGUUAUCUUUCGUUUGGGUCGUUUAAUGCAGGGUGGUGCCAAAGGACCAGGUAUAUUCUUCAUACUGCCUUGUAUAGAUUCUUAUGCCAGAGUGGAUUUACGUACCAGAACUUAUGAUGUACCACCACAAGAGGUCUUAACAAAAGACAGCGUCACUGUGUCAGUGGAUGCUGUUGUCUAUUAUCGAGUUUCGAAUGCAACAGUCUCCAUAGCAAAUGUUGAAAAUGCUCAUCAUUCUACACGUCUAUUGGCACAAACAACUCUACGUAACACAAUGGGCACACAGCAUUUACACGAGAUUCUAAGUGAACGUAUGACAAUUUCCGACACUAUGCAGGUACAAUUGGAUGAAGCUACUGAUGCUUGGGGCAUUAAAGUGGAACGUGUUGAAAUCAAAGAUGUACGUUUACCCGUCCAACUACAAAGAGCCAUGGCUGCAGAGGCUGAGGCAGCUCGAGAAGCUCGUGCUAAGGUUAUAGCUGCCGAGGGUGAACAGAAAGCUUCUCGAGCCUUAAGAGAAGCAUCCGAAGUAAUUGGUGAUUCACCUGCCGCUUUGCAAUUGCGUUAUUUACAGACUCUUAGUGCUAUUUCGGCCGAAAAGAAUUCAACAAUUGUUUUUCCCUUGCCCAUUGACUUAAUAACAUAUUUCUUAAAGUCAAACGAUGCUGAAACAAUACAAACAGCCGCCAACACCGCACAAGUUAUAGCCAAAAGGGAUCGCGACCGAGAGGAGGAUGAAACAGCAUUGGCAGCAGCUAAAGCAGCAGCGGCUGCUGCACCAGCCCCUAGCAAUACUCUACCAUCUGGCAAUUCUAUAAAUAUUGCCAUGUAAAUUCUACCAUAAAUUCUAAAAUAAAAAACAACAACAGACAUUGUAAACAACCAACAACAACAAAAAAAAAAUACAUCAUAUAAGCAACAGUGACAACAAUACAAAUACAGCAACCAACAACAAUAAAUACAAAAGAGAUGAUGGCAUUUACUUAUACAGAGGAAUAUAAAUAAAAAUGAAAAAACUUAAAUAUAACAAAUUUAAAGACAAAAACAAGCGUAUAAAGAUAAAAAUUCAAAGUCAAAAAAUAAAACUAAUAAAAUAUCUAGAGUACACAGUACAUAAAGCAGCAACAAACAUUAGCAUUAAACAAUAACAAAAGCAACAAUAAUAAGAGUAAAGAAAAUAAUAAUGAAGAAAUUUAAUCAAAUUGUAUUGAAUUCAUAAAAUAUUUAAAGUUCAUUAAAUUAUAUGUAUGUAUGUAUAUGUUUGUAACACCAAUGACUUAUUAGACGGUUGAAGUUAAAGGAUAUUUUUGAUAUUUUAAGAUCUUCGUAAUUAUAUCUACUUCAGUUCUAGUUCGGUUCUAGUUCAGUUCUAGUUUAGUUCUAGUUCAGCUCUAGUUCAGUUCUAGUUCAGUUCA